GAUGCAAAUCUAGCCAGAGUGAACAUUCCAGCUCCUGGCCUGACUUCCUCAGGAAGCAAGACUCACUUCCUGUGAAAUUAAGAGCACAGAGGCUGCAUGAAGUGAUAACCAGGCAGAAGUGAAACACUACAUACACAGCUCCUCCUUUCAGUCCCAAUUCACUUUGUCCUAUGACACAUGUACACACACACUGGUUAGACGUGCUCAGCCAUGCAGGUGAAGAUCCAGCCCUCUCUAAGGAUGGGCACCAUUCUCCUCCUCUUUCUCUUCAUCUCAGAGGAAGCCUGUGCAGAGAUCAUAAUGAAAAGUGUGGAACUUUUUAUUCAGCCCAGGAAUGAAGUUCAAAGAAGUACAAAUGUGUCACUGAAAUGCCAGGCAAAAGCUAGCCACACCUCAGGGUCUCACCUCAACUAUAAAUACAUAUUCUACAAAGAUGAUCGCAUAAUUACUGACCAGACCAACGCUAUGGACUCUCUCUAUAUACCAGAUGCCAGAGUGAUUCACUCUGGCAGAUACAAAUGUGCAGUUGUCAUCGAGGAGAUAAAGAAGGAGAGCGGUGCCAAACACCUGACAGUGAAAGGUCUUCUGGAACCAGUCCUAACAGUGGAUAAACUGAGAUUGACAGAAGGAGAUAAUGUUACUGCUGUCUGUACAGCAGAUGGAGAAACAGGUUAUUUGAUGUUUUUCUUUAGAGAUGGACCUGAGGAACUCGGCCGGAAGGACUCCAAUAGCACUCACAAAGUUGAGCUGAACCUGACCGUUUAUAAGGGAACUGUGAAUAUGUUUUGCUACUAUUCCAUUAAUCUUGGUAGCAGAGUAGAAAGAUCAAACAACAGUAAUGUGAUUAGUGUUGACAUUGAAGAGCUGGAGAUCAAACCCGAUAUUACAGUCAUGCCAUACACAGAUGUCACUGAAGGAGAUAACAUAACCUUCAGUUGCAGUGUGAAUAUGACUCACCAGAGAAACUCAGAACUCAGAAUCAUUUUCAGCCAUGGACACAAUUUGCUUAGUUUGAACAUGACACAUGAAGAUUAUGCUAUGUUGGCUAAGGUUAAUGACUCUGGAGAAUAUGAGUGCAUUUCAAUCCUCGGUGGUGUUCAAAAAUCCUCCUCUUUGAACAUCACUGUAAAAGAGAUUUUCUCUAUACCUUCCCUGAGCAUUCAUCCUGGUGAGGUAUUUGAAGGAGAACACUUUGACAUUAGAUGCCAAAUCAGCAGCCUUGCCUCAAGAAUUCAAAGGGAGGAUAUAAAGUAUUCAAUAUUUAGAGACGACACAUUUGUAAUAAAGGAUAACAGAUACAGUGGCACUGCAAGCAAAGCGACUAAUGGGAAAUAUGUGUGUAAGGCUGAAGCCAAUGGGAUUAUCAAAGAGAGCUCAAUGCUGCGGUUUGGAGCAAAAGUGCUUGUUUCAAAGCCUGAGAUCACAGUUGAUGGUCCUGUUAUCGUGGGAAAGGCAUUUUGGAUCCGUUGCCACUCUGAGAAUGGAAGUCUGCCAAUUACCUACUCUCUGAAGAGUAACAACUUUAUUCGGAACUGGACCAAGGUGUCUCGCUUUCAAGAGGAGGCUCGUUUCUCAGCCUUGAUAUCAACUCCUUCAGAGAUUACUAGUUACAUGUGUGAAGCAAAGAAUAAUGAUGUCUCAGUCAAGAUGAGUGAAAGGCUACAGGUGACUGUAAUAGUUCCAGUAGGAAAGCCCUUACUUACAGUCCUUCCAGUUCCUGAAAACAUUGAAGAGGGCAAUGAUGUUACCCUGAUAUGUGGCAUUGCAAAAGGCUCUCCACCAAUCAGUUUUAGGUUUUAUGGCAGCGAUCACACAGAAAUUCACACCACAACAGUUCAGAGUAAUUCAUCCUCAUUUGUCCUGAGUACAGUGAAAAGGAAAAACAGUGGAAAUUACUACUGUGAGGCAUUUAACACGGCAGACAUGUCAAGCAGGAGUGACAUUGUCAAGGUCAAAGUGAGCCUGGCAAUGUGGAAAAAGGCUUUGAUUGCUGUGUUCUGCAUGCUGUUAGUGGCUCUACUGGUCCUUUUCAUUGUGAUGCGCUACAAGGCCAAGCGAGGUAAAAGAGAGAUGGCUGCCAAACUAUCGGUAAAACCUGCAAGUCCUAAAUCAGAUGACUCUCUAACACUGAGUCUCACCCAUGACCCCCAUUAUAAUACCCACACAGUGGAGAUGAAUUACAAAGAGAGUGUUUGGAGUGAAAGACCUCCAGAUUUAGCUGAUCAGGACAGCCUGCAGUCACCAAAUGAAGGUGACGUGGAGUACACAGUUGUGGUUCAUCCUCAACCUGUAGAUCCUACAAAAAUUCCUCUGAGAAAAGGCACAGAGACUGUAUAUAGUGAGCUUCAGACCUCUCAAGGGGCACCUCAGAAUAUUAACCAUGUAACCUGUUAGAAUAUGCUGAACUCAACCAUGAUCUUCCUGAACCAGUGGACUAGCAGAAGUCAGUCACCUCAAGCAUCCCUCACAUCACUCUGGAAUACUGUUGUCUGUGUUUCAUCAAUCUCUUCUAUCCUUCAACAUUAUUCUCCUAAAAAACACUAAUUUAAUCAUGUAUCUUUCCUUUCAUCUAAUGUGUUUCAUUGUUUGUCCUGUUUUUACAAUGCAAAACUGGGGAGUUUUGAGUUAUCACAUUUUUAAUAAAGUAAAAUUAUUUGUUUGAA